GGUUCUGUCUCGCUCUGAGCCCUGGUGCUGCUGGAGCUGCUGCUGGAGGAGCUGCUGGAGCUGCUGCUGGAGAGCUCUUGGCGCGGCGAGAACUUGGCGUCUGGUCACAUUUUGCCGACAGACCGACUCCCUCGAGAGAGAGAGAGAGAGAGAGAGAGUAGGACCGUCAAAGAACUGACUGACUUCUUUUCCGCCUCUGCUACAAAAUUCAUCUCAAGUCACCUCUCAUCAAACACUUGCAAAAGAAAUGGAUAUGAAAAAGAGAAUCCAUUUGGAGCUUCGGAACAGGACGCCGACUGAUGUCCGAGAGCUGGUCCUCGACAAUUGCAGGUCGAACGAGGGUAAAAUAGAAGGUCUGACAGCAGAGUUUGAGAAUCUCGAGUUCCUCAGCUUGAUAAAUGUGGGACUGACCUCUGUUACGAAUCUCCCCCGCCUUCCCAAACUCAAGAAGCUUGAAUUCAGCGAUAACCGAAUUUCUGGAGGGCUCGACGUCUUGGCGGAAAAGCUUCCAAAUCUCACACAUCUAAACCUCAGUGGAAACAAACUCAAAGACAUCAGCACACUGGAGCCUCUGAAGAAACUAGAAAACUUGAAGAGCCUGGAUCUUUUUAACUGUGAGGUGACAAACUUAAACGACUAUAGGGAAAGUGUCUUCAAGCUCCUCCCGCAGCUGACAUACCUGGACGGUUAUGACCAGGAAGACCGGGAAGCGCCUGACUCGGACGCGGAAGGCGAUGGUGACGGGGUAGAUGACGAGGAUGAGGAUGAAGAAGGGGAGGAGGAGGAAGAUGAUGAGGAGGAAGAGGAUGGUGAAGAAGAAUUUGAUGAUGAGGAAGAUGAAGAUGAGGAGGAAGGAGAGGAAGAUGAAGACGAUGUAAGUGGAGAGGACGAGGAGGUUUACAUACAGGAUGGUGAGGCUGAUGAUGACGAUGAUGAUGAUGAUGAGGAGGAGGAAGAGGAAGAGGAGGAAAACCCUAAAGGUGAGAAGAGAAAACGAGACACAGAUGACGAAGGGGACGAAGAAGAUGAUUAAAAUAAGAAUCCAAGUGACCUAAAAGACUAUUUAGUAUUGGAUGGGCUGUACGACCCCAUCCCCCCUCUCCCGGAUUUGCGACUGUUGAGGAUCUGCACAACACUGUGGGAAAGAGCACUGGAUAUCACAGAGCCAGCGGUCGCCGUCCUCUGACAUUCCAUAUAUUUAUAAAUACAGUUAAUCCCAAUUGCAAAACCCACACGGAGUAGUGAAACUGGGUAGAAUUUGGUCCAGUGCUUUUAUUAUGUUGGGGUUCUUAGGUUAACUGCUAAGACAAUUUCCAUAGCCAACAAGAGCAGAUGAGAAGAUUGGAUAGUCAUGUUUGUAAAUGGCUGCCUGUUACAGAGAGGUUAUAGCAUCAAUUUUUACUUUAUGUAAGUCAAACGCUUUGUAAAUAAAAUCUUAAAAUUUUGGGUUUGUUCCUCUAUAUUGCAUACCAUUUUGGGUGUUAUUUACAAAUGCAAGAUGUUUCUAAACUAACAGUUUCAGAAAGUUAAUAAAUGGUUUCUUUUAAAAAGGCAGUAUUCAUUUUUAAUAUCAAUAUCUAGGUUUCAAUCCCAACCCAUUUUAAGGGGAGGGGGGAUUUGCACACGACAACAACAAAAAAAUAACAUGACUCAUCUGUGGAUGUCUAGAGCUAUCUACUUUCUUGAGAAAGUUACAACUGAACACCCACAGGAAGUCCUAGUCUACUACCAAAUGGGAAUCCAAAGCAGGGUACUGUCACUUUAGCUGUGACUGUACAAACCUGCUAUUAAUUUGAUGGAAAAGACUUGCACAUGUUAAGAGAGAAGGAUUCUUCAUUAUUAUCUGCAUAUGCAAGGUAAGCCAUACAACUGGAAAAGCAGACUGAUCCAACAGGACUGUCAAAUCUGAGGCUGCUGGGAGCCGUGAUCCUUACCCUAAUGUCCAGUUGGGUUGCCUUUUCUGAAUACUGCCCGAAACUCAGACUAGCAGAAUUGGUUUCAAUGAGUACAAAGUUCCACUUCAGAUUUCUUUUGCUGCGCACAUUUCUGAUUUUCUGGCUAAAUCGCCGCUUUAAAGUUUGCAUAAGUUUCAGGAAGACCGUUCCACAUCUGGCUUUGCGCAGAAAAAAGAUGUUGGCUUCUAUUCGACCACAGCACUGUCUCAUCUAAUUCUGCCACAAUUUUUAAAAAGAGGAUUAUGGAGCGACAUUUUUCUUCUCCCUCUCUUACUCCUCCGGCCAUGGAUCCGUGUAGAAAAGUUGAUUUUAAAAAAAAAAGCAAAAAGGUUAAAGUGUUUGGUUCAAUGUGUAUGAUCCUUUCCUCCUGAAUGAGCCCCAAAUAUUGACCAUUAUUAGGCUCCUAACGCCCAUGUCAGACAAGUGUUAGCACUAAUUCAAGUCCCUCUGGCUGCCCACCCUUGCAAAGUUUAAGUUGUUUUAACUAGUAAUCCGGUUUUGUAUGAAGGAAGGAACUGGGCAUGAUAAUAACUUGGAAGAAAUGCAUUCAUGAAUGCAAUGAAUGAAUAUAUUGGGGAGAAUAGUACAUAAAGUUGUUGAAUUUACUGAGGCUUUGUAUUGUGGUAUUGUCGUGUAGACCACCAGGGUAUUACCAGGUCAGUUUCCUGUAAGGAUUAUGAUGUGUUUUCUUUGAACUUUGGGGCUAGAGCAGCAUCUGAACACUGGUUGGAUUGUCAGGGAUGCAGAGAUUUUGAUUCAGGGAACACAGGCUCACAAAUCAUGCCACGCAGGCUUCGACACUUUGUUGUAUCCCAGUGAGUUUCCAAGGACAUUUUCACCAUAGGACGUAAUUUUAGUCUAUCCCCACCAUUUCCUAUGCUUCUUCUUCAGUGGCAAAUGUCUUUCCAAAGUGACUAGUUGAUGGGG